UAUAAAUUGAGGCAUCUUGUUCCUUGCGUUAGUGACAGUGUGAUAACAAAAUGAGUCGGUUAAAUUUAAUCUGUGUCUUGAUUUUGGUAGUCCUUGGAAUAAGCCAUGCAGCUCGGAUAGCCAGAUCUCCACAGUUUGGAGGGGCCAGUGCGAGCGCCCAGGCAGGAGCUUUUGGUGGUAACAGAUUUAACCCCGGCCCAUCUCGUCCCGGUUUUGGCCAAGGCGGUUUUGGCCAAGGCGGUUUCGGACAACGCGGUUUCGGUCAACGCGGUUUCGGUCAAGGUGGUUUCGGACAAGGCGGUUUCGGCCGUCCCGGUUUCAACCGUCCAGGAGGUGGUCCGUCCAUAAGCAUUGCGAAGAGUGUCAGCAUUAGUGCAGGAAGAGGUGGUGCGCAGUCGAGCUCCAGUGCUAACUCCUUUGGCAAAUGAUCAAAUUGAUGUAUAAGACUUUAAAAACCGUCCGAAUUUGUGAUCUUUUUGUUUUUAAAUAAAUAAUUAUCUCCUA